UGAUGGAUGAAAACACACCUAAAACGACGCGAUAAUCGCCCUCAGGUUCUUCUUUGCUUUACAAUUACAUUAAUAUUUAAAAGAGGUUUUUUCACCUCGCGUUACGUAGUCGAUUAUUUAACGCGGGUUGACGACCAUCUCGCAAGUCCAUCGAUUCACGCUAUCGAUUCCUCUCACCAUCCCUCCUAAAAAAAUAAAAAUGGCGAGUGCGCGCGCGAACAUCUAGCUCCUCGACGGUGUUGAUACUGUUGAUAAACAAGCGGGCGAUAAAACGGCCCGGGACGGCCGAUUGUGUUUCUCGACGUUCCGGCGCGCCGACGACCCUCGGGCGAAACGCAUCAACAACGGCGUCGACCGUGGAGAAGGUCAGGGAAGGCGCGGCCGAGGAGCGGCGUCCCCGGACCCACGCUGGCGACGACGACGAGCGCGGCAACGUUGAGGUUAUGGACAACUUCGUGAAAAUUGAGAAGAUAGGGGAAGGAACGUACGGGGUGGUCUACAAAGCCCGGGACAAGAUCACUGGGAAGCUGGUGGCGCUCAAGAAAAUCCGUCUAGAGACGGAAAGGGAAGGCGUUCCAUCUACCGCCAUUCGAGAGAUAUCAUUAUUAAAAGACCUCGCUCAUCCAAACAUCAUACAGUUGUUCGAUGUCGUAGACGGCGACAAUCAUCUGUACCUUGUGUUUGAAUUUCUACAGCAGGACCUGAAAAAGUUGCUAGACUCCGUUAAGGGGGGCCUAGAGCCAGCUCUCGUCAAGAGCUACCUCAAUCAAUUGCUGAAAGCAAUUUCCUUUUGCCACCUCCGUUGUAUAUUGCACAGAGACUUAAAGCCGCAGAAUUUACUGAUAGAUCGAGAGGGUCACAUUAAACUGGCCGACUUCGGAUUGGCCAGAAUGAUCGGCGUGCCCGUUCGCACUUACACGCACGAGGUCGUCACGCUUUGGUAUCGCGCACCGGAGGUUCUUUUAGGAACCAAGUUGUAUACCUGCGCACUGGACAUAUGGAGUCUCGGUUGUAUAUUCGCGGAAAUGGCAACCAGGAGGGCUCUAUUUCCCGGAGACUCCGAAAUAGAUCAGUUAUUUAGGAUAUUUCGCAUGCUCGGCACGCCGGAUGAAACGAUCUGGCCGGGGGUGUCACAGCUUCCGGAUUACACGUCCAGAUUCCCAAGAUGGGAGGCGUCUAACAUAAGCGACGCCUUACCUAGUUUCGACGACGAUGCCAAAGACUUACUCUCAAAAAUGCUGACAUACGAUCCUAAUCAGAGGAUAACGGCAAAAAAAGGAUUAACUCACUCGUAUUUUACUGGGCUCAAAUUAAUUCCACCUCCACUGCCAAAGAAAAACUGACGUAGAUUUUAUAGCCGUUUAAGCUAUUGUAUUUUUAUAGAGUUUUACAUGAAAUUUAAAUGCCAAGUAAUUUUGGAUGAAAAUAACUUUAUACUGCGAGUGUGUUCAAAAAUGCUAUAUAGUCUAAAUAUAUAUAUUUUUAUUAUUUCUA